AUGGCUGCUGGUGUUAUACGGUCUGUCUGUGACUUCCGGCUGCCUCUACCGUCACACAAGUCCUUCCUGCCCACAGACCUGGAGGCUCCAGAAACCUCUGAAGAAGAGGAGGAGGAGGAGGAAGAAGAGGAGGAAGAGGAAGAGGAGGAGGAGGAAGAAGAAGAAGACCAGGACCUGCAAGGUGAGGGGUCACAGUGCUGCAGCCCAGACUCCCAGAGCUCAGAACUAGCCCCUCAGGGUCCCAGCAGCCCUGAGACCCCAAUGCAGCUGCUGCGCUUCUCAGAGCUCAUCAGCGGUGACAUCCAGAGGUAUUUUGGACGCAAGGACACAGGGCAAGACCCAGAUGCCCAAGACAUCUACGCUGACAGCCAAACAGCCAGCUGCUCUGCCCGGGAUCUCUACUAUGCAGAUCUGGUAUGCCUGGCCCAGAAUGGGCCCCCAGAGGAUGAGGAGGCUUCUGAGCUCAGGAUGCAUUUGCCUGGGGGGCCUGAGGGUCAGGUGCACAGGCUGGGCCACAGAGGGGACAGGGUGCCACCCCUGGGGCCCCUGGCUGAGCUCUUUGAUUAUGGCCUUCGACAGUUCUCCGAGCCCAGAGUAUCGGCUUGCCGAAGACUAAGGCUAGAACGGAAGUAUAGCCAUAUUACCCCCAUGACCCAAAGAAAAUUGCCUCCAUCCUUCUGGAAGGAGCCUGUACCCAACCCACUAGGCCUACUGCACCCGGGCACACCAGAUUUUAGUGAUCUGCUGGCCAGCUGGUCUGCUGAGGGUGGCUCCGAGCUGCAGAGUGGAGGUACCCAAGCCCUGGAGGGGACACAGCUAGCGGAGGCCUAG